AAUGAUUACUGGAAAAUGAGAAAUGUUCCAUAUCUGAAACCGAGACUACUUUUUGGCAACUUUAGUGAUUAUAUUCUAUUUAGAAAAAGUGCGCCAAUAGUAACAAGUGAAAUUUGUGACCAGUUCCCCGGCGAGCCGUACGUCGGCGUAUUUUAUGGUACAGCACCAGCUCUCGUCGUCAAAGAUCCUAAGCUUGUAAAACUAGUUUUGGCACAGGAUUUCUAUUACUUCAAUGGCAGAGAAAAUACAGACUAUGCUUACAAUGAAGCUGUAACAACAAGCAUAUUUUUCAACGGAGGUGAUCAUUGGAAAGUAUUACGACAGAAUUUAACUCCACUUUUCACGUCUGUGAAGUUAAAGAAUAUGUUCCCAAGGAUCAAGGAGUGUGCUGAAGAAAUGGACACGUUUCUUGAAAAAGAAAUAAAAAUAUCAGAGAAUAUUAACUCAAAAUCAUUAUUGGCGAGAUAUUCAAUGGAAUGCAUUAUUAAUUGUGUAUUCGGUCUAAGAGCGAACACUUUGAAGAGAGAUAAAGGUGUAAACCCAUUUGUAAUCCUAGGAGAACAAAUAUUUGACACAUCAACCAUGACAGGUUUGAAAAUAAUUUCUCGAUCCAUCUGGCCUUCUUUAUUUUACGCAUUGGGUUUUAAGUUGUUUGAUAAGAAUAUUGAAUUAUUUUUCAACAAAUUAUUUGCCGAGGCCCGUAAAAAUCGAAAAAAGGAGAGAAUUCUGAAGAAAGACUUUCUUGGUCUAAUUUUAAGCUGGGAAGAAGAAAACUACUUAAGCGGAAACAGUUUCAGCAAUACUGAAAGUAGUGACAAGAGGAUAGAAAGAAUAAAAGUAAAUGAAGACUUACUUGUAGCGCAGUGCACGAGUUUCUUUGGAGCUGGUUUUGAAACAACAUCAUCUACACUAAAUUAUCUUCUUUACGAAUUAGCAAAAAAUAAACGAGCUCAAGACAGAGUUCAAGAAGAAGUAGACGCAUACUUUAAUAGAUAUGAUGUUAUUAAAUAUGAAUGCUUAAACGAAAUGCCUUAUCUUGAAGCGUGUAUUGACGAAACUCUUCGUCUCUAUCCCACGUUAGGAAACCUCACCAGGGAAGUGAUGCAUAGCUACACAUUGCCAACUGGUCUUCGACUACAGAAAGGAGAUCGUGUUCAUAUACCUGUUCAUCAUAUCCACCGACACCCGGACUACUUCCAAGAUCCUAUGUUGUAUCAACCCGAAAGAUUCUUCGGUGAUGAGAAGAUGAAAAUUAAACCAUACACUUUCAUGCCCUUCGGUGAAGGACCAAGAGUGCUCGGUUUUCAAAAAUGGUGA